CGAAACAAAUUUCCCUCCAAAGUGGGUCCUUUAUUUUCUUAUCCAAACUCUCCGGUUGAUAGGCUGCAAUCUCCAAAUCCAAAGAACCAAAGGGAGAAAAAAUGGCAACCUCUGCUUUAGCCAUUGCUACUGCAAAGCCGCUGGCCCAUCAUUUCUACAACUUUAAGUCCCCUUCUCCACCAUCAUUUUUCUGCUCUUGUUCUUCUUCCUUGCCACCUCCAAAUGAAGUGAAACUCUUUUUGAACUCAAAACCUGCUGCCAAGAAGUGUGCUUUCAACGUGGGUGUUGGGCUAUUAGCAGCUUCAAUUCUUGCUUUCUCACCGUUGGAUGCUGAUGCCACCAGGAUUGAGUAUUUUGCAACUGUAGGGGAACCUCAAUGUGAGCUUAACUAUGUGAGCUCUGGUCUUGGUUACUGUGAUGUUAUUGUGGGUUCUGGUGAGGAAGCUCCACGUGGAGAGCUUGUCAAUAUUCACUACACUGCAAGAUUUGCUGAUGGAAUAGUCUUUGACAGUAGCUAUAAACGUGCUAGACCUCUUACAAUGCGAAUUGGUUUUGGCAAGGUCAUUAAGGGAUUGGACCAGGGGAUUUUAGGGGGUGAAGGAGUCCCUCCUAUGCUUGUUGGUGGAAAACGUAAGCUUCGGAUUCCACCCAACUUAGCAUACGGACCAGAACCUGCAGGGUGCUUUUCGGGUGACUGCAACAUACCUGCCAACGCAACUCUCCUAUAUGAUAUUUAUUUUGUUGGUAUCUACUCAGGAAAUGCAAAGUGAUGAAGGAGAGUUUCCUUUUUUUUGAAACAUAAAAUGAGUUUCCUAACUGUCCAGAAUUAUUAACAGACACUGUUGACUAGAAGUUGCAGUUGCAGCUAAGCAUUAACCAUUCA